AUGUAUUGUACUGAUAGAUAGAAUAUGUUAAAACUCCUUUACGUGUUAUUGGUUGCAUGUCUCUGGGGAUUGACGCUGGGACAAGGGGGUGAAGGAGAGGAAUGUCCUUGUGUCUCUGGCGCUUCCUGUCAUCCUCUAUUAAACACGUGCUUCAGUGAUCCUGCGCCAGUCGAUGUCCCCCAUAUUUGGAUAGGAAAUGCCCCGAAUUGCGAUGGAACUCAAGACAAAUGUGCGAUCUUCGACCUAGAUUUUGACACGUCUCAUCCGCGUGGGGAUAAUGGCUCAACCUGGUGCACAAACGGUACUAAAGUGCGAUGUCUCGCAAAACCCGCGCCUCCUUUAAAUGACCCAACUCCAGCAAAUACUAUGAAUAUUGUUUCGUAUAAUAUUUGGGAGAGGGAUAGUCUAGCGAGUCACGAUGGGCAACGGGAAAGGAGCUGUAGAAUUCCGAGAUUUUUAUUGACACGAUUCCCCGAUCUUGAUAUCAUCGUUAUGGAAGAAGCGUUCAUGGGAGGCUGCUGGCCCCGGGGUUUAGACUUGAGAGAUUUGUUGAAAUUUUACGGAUUUCCAUAUAUAACAGACACUAUUGAUGCUCCGAAUGACUUUACUAAAUUUGAAAACGGCGGAGUGUUCAUUGCAUCAAGGUGGCCAAUUCUUGAACAAGACCAGGUUAUAUUUGACAACUCACCACCCGGGACGACUCAUCAUUUCACCGCUUUGGGUGCAGGCUAUUCAAAGGUUAAUAAAACAGUAAAUGGGACAUCAAAGAUGUACCACAUAUUUGGAACACAUACCGCAUCAUCUGGCUCCAACCAAGUGCGAGUAGACCAAGCAAGAGCUGUUUACAAUCUCCAGAAAUCGAAGUCGAUCCCUGUUCUAGAACCCGUUCUGUAUGCUGGAGAUUUUAAUGUCAAUUACUACAACCCAAACAUCAGUGAACCACUCCUGUAUGCUCUUAAUGCGAACGUCCCGGCUAUUCCAACUAAUUCUGAAAUCUACACGUUUGAUCCUGAUAACAACGAUCUUUUGAACACAACUGGAGGUAGUAGACAAUGGUUAGAUUACGUAGUAUACAGUUCUGAACAUCUGGCCCCUGUAAGUUCACAACUUGUAUGUUUCCUAGCAACGGCUCCGAGUGUGUUUCCUGUAUGUUGGUGCCAUGAUUGUGCACCAUUUGUAGGGUAUAGAUAUCCAUACGCUGCUGAUUGUGCUUCUACUAGGAGGAUACUCCAUCUCUCAGAUCACCACCCGGUCAUUGGAACAUUUAUAUUUUAGCAUUUUAUUGAUUUCAG